GGGCUAACAUUAUUUUGCCAAAAAGAAAUAUUUGGGGGUUUAAAAAAAAGGGUGGAGAAGAGCAGGAAUUAGGAUUCCUGGGUUUGGGAAAUAGCUGAAAGACAGAAAGGAAAGCCUGCAAAUCAGUCUGAGAUCCAAACAUGGCAAAAGCUUAGGAACCCAUUUUCCGUAUAGUGUAUACACAACACACACAUAUUUAUAUAUAUAUAUAUAGAUAUUCACCAUACCUGGCUUUCUUUAAUUACCUCCUCUUUCUUUUUCUGUAUCUCUCUCUGCAAAACUUGCUUUGCCGUACAAUUCCACUCUCACAAAUUAGGUGUGAAAUAGUUUUCUUUUGCUAUGUUAUUGUUAAGUACUGAUUUGACUUUGUACACUUGCAUUGAAAAAUAUGUGGUGAGUUUGAGUCAGGAGCUUCAUUCACCCAAGAUUAUUUCUAAUCAUCAAUGAAAAAUAUUGUUAAUUUGUGAAUUGAGAGAGCCAGCCAGUCCUCUUUUUCUUUCUACUGUUUUCUCUUUUUACUCUUAACCUUUAAUCUUUUUGUUUGUUGUUGUUGUUUUGAUGGAGUGGAAGAGAUACAGAAUAAUAAUAAUAAGGUUCAGUAUUAUUAGUACUAAACCUUCUCUGCUGUUUUACUAUGUUCCCAUCUUCAUCUUCACUAUUUCAGCUCUGUUCUACAAUUCCAACAGCUUCAAAACUACAUGCCCAGGUGGCAGGUGUUCGAUGUCUGCAAAAGCUGAUCAUACUUAUUUUCAGGCAUUGGAGAAAAUGGUAACGCCGUCACCUUCACCGUCACCGUUAAUGGUUCCGAGAUAUCUAAGCGGAAUUGGGUCGUCUCCGCCGCGGUGUUUAUGGAAAUGCGGGAACUGCACGCCGUGUAAGCCAGUCCACGUGCCUGUGCCGCCCGGGACUCCGGUCACGGCUGAGUACUACCCGGAAGCAUGGAGAUGCAAGUGUGGCAACAAAUUAUACAUGCCAUGAAAAUAUUUAUAUUAUAUAUAUUUUUUUGAAAUUAUUUAACUUUUGGGUUUUGCUAUAUAUAAAUCAAACUAUAUGAGUUAAAAUAAUAUUAAAGAAGAAAAGAAAAAGGGUUAUAU